AUGCCACCAAAAAAACUAACACCAUAUCAAUUUUCUAAAGGACUCUCCUAUGUAAAUCAGUUACCAACUUUUUUACAAAAUCUUUCAGAAUCAGCCGAAAAAAAAAAUCAGGAACGGCGUCUUGGCAGUAGUAGAAGGCAUUUAAAUGAGGAAGAAGUCAACGAUUACUUGGAAUCACAAAUUAACAACAAGAAAGAUAAAAAAGAAAAAGAGAGUGCUAUUUUGAAAAAAUUUCAAUACUUUUUCCACAUACAGCCUCAGAAUUUUUUGCUUGAAACUGAGGUUGAACAAAGAAAUAAAAAUGCUCUGUCUGUUAUUUCAAAUGUACUUGCUGUAUGGGGAGGAUUGACAGCAUUUUACAUAUUUUUAUUUGGUGCUGAUUCAAUUAAACCAUGGGGAUUUAUACAAGCAAGGAUUCUUAUAAAUGAAACACCACCAGAAUAA